GGGGUCGCUCAGGGGCUCAGUCCGGUGCCCGCCCCGGGGUGGGCUGGGUGGAAGGGCGGGUCAGGAACACCAGUCUGAUGGGGCUGGUGGGCGGCCGCAGGCGGAGAGGGACAGGCUGCGCGGUGUCCCCGCCCUGUGCCCGGGCCGGGCCGGGGGUGUCCUCGGUUGCGCGGCCCGCGGGCGGGUGAAGUGCUUGGGUUGGACGCGGCGCCAUGCGCGGCCCGCCUGCCUGGCCGCUGCUGCUACUAGCGCGGCUGGGCCCGCACGCACGCACGUGGACGCCGUCGGGCCCUGUGUGGGCCACAGCCGCCCGGGCAUGGACCCCGACUCCUCGUGCCCUUGUGACCCUGCCGGCGUGGAUGGGCCUGCAGCCCGGGCUGCCGGGAGGCGUGAGCCUCUCGCGUGCCGUGGUGCGCUGGGCCGGGUCCCCUGUGACCCGCAGGUACGCAGCCCUGUCCCAACCGCGUCCCCAGCGUGCUGGGCUCCAGGGCGUCCCCGCGGCGGCGGCGGCCCGGACGAAGGCAGAGGUUGAGCGGCGCGCGCCGGCGGUGGACCCCGGGGAUGACAGACAGACGCGCCCCGCAGCUGGGCGCUCAGAGGCUGGCAAGCUGCUGGCGCUCGUGCGCCCGGAGCGUGGGAGGCUGGCAGCUGCUGUUGGGUUUCUUGCGGUAUCCAGUGUCAUCACCAUGUCUGCUCCUUUCUUCCUGGGGAAGAUCAUCGAUGUCAUCUAUACAGACCCCACCUCAGACUAUGGCGAGAGCCUGACCCGGCUCUGCCUGGGGCUCACCUGUGUGUUUCUGUGUGGAGCUGCUGCCAAUGCCGUCCGUGUCUACCUCAUGCAGUCCUCAGGUCAGCGAAUUGUGAAUAGGCUUCGGACCUCACUGUUCUCCUCCGUCCUGAGGCAGGAGGUUGCUUUCUUUGAUAAGACUCGCACAGGAGAACUGAUUAACCGCCUCUCAUCUGACACUGCACUGCUAGGGCGCUCAGUGACUGAAAACCUCUCAGAUGGGCUCAGGGCUGGAGCCCAGGCCUCAGUGGGUGUGGGCAUGAUGUUUUUUGUAUCACCGAGUCUAGCCACCUUUGUUUUAAGUGUGGUGCCUCCGAUGUCCAUCCUAGCAGUGAUUUAUGGCCGAUAUCUGCGGAAACUGAGCAAAGCCACACAGGACUCACUGGCACAAGCCACACAGCUGGCUGAGGAGCGUAUUGGGAACAUAAGAACUGUUCGAGCCUUUGGGAAAGAGAUGACGGAGGUGGAGAAGUACAGUGGCAGAGUGGACCAUGUGCUGCAGUUAGCAAGGAAGGAGGCCUUCGCUCGGGCCGGCUUCUUUGGAGCAACAGGGCUCUCCGGGAACCUGAUCGUGCUCUCCGUGUUGUACAAGGGAGGGCUGCUGAUGGGCAGUGCUCACAUGACCGUGGGCGAGCUCUCCGCCUUUCUCAUGUACGCCUUCUGGGUUGGAUUAAGCAUUGGAGGUCUGAGCUCUUUUUACUCUGAGCUGAUGAAAGGACUGGGCGCUGGUGGGCGUGUCUGGGAGCUCCUGGAGCGGCAGCCCCAGCUGCCCUUUAAUGAGGGUGUUACUCUAAAGGAGCAGAGUUUCCAGGGCGCCUUGGAGUUCAGGAAUGUGUACUUCGCUUAUCCAGCUCGUCCAGAGGUGUCCAUAUUCCAGGACUUCAGCCUUUCCAUCCCAUCAGGAUCCAUCACGGCACUGGUCGGCUCAAGUGGUUCUGGCAAAUCCACUGUGGUUUCGCUUCUCCUGCGACUGUAUGAUCCCAUUUCUGUCAUCAGCCCCUUGAUACUCAGUGACUCUCUGCCCUCCCCUCUACAAGGAACUAUUAGUCUUGAUGGCCAUGACAUCCGCCAGCUGAACCCCGUCUGGCUGAGAUCCAAGAUUGGGACUGUCAGUCAGGAGCCGAUUUUGUUCUCUUGUUCCAUUGCUGAGAAUAUCGCUUAUGGUGCGGACAGCCCGUCCUCGGUGACUGCAGAGCAAGUCCAGAGAGCAGCGGAGGUCGCCAAUGCAGCAGGGUUCAUCCGGAGCUUUCCCCAGGGCUUUGACACGAUGGUUGGGGAGAAGGGGGUGCUCCUUUCAGGUGGACAGAAACAGCGGAUUGCAAUUGCCCGUGCACUGCUUAAGAACCCCAAAAUUCUUCUCCUAGAUGAAGCAACCAGCGCACUGGAUGCCGAGAAUGAGUACCUGGUGCAGGAGGCCCUUGAUCGACUGAUGGAAGGCAGAACGGUGCUCAUCAUCGCCCAUCGCCUGUCCACCAUCAAGAAUGCCCACCUUGUGGCCGUGCUUGACCAGGGAAGAAUUAUUGAACAUGGGAAACACGAAGAGCUACUUUCCAAGCCAGAUGGGAUGUACAGAAAACUAAUGAAUAAGCAGAGUUUUAUUUCAACAUAAAGAACAGUUACUGAGAGAAUCUUGAAAUCAAAACAGCAUUGCAGAAAACAAUUUUAAGAGACUUUAUGAAAUCUGUAAAUGAUACUUCAAGUUAUUUGAAAUAUGCCUAUUUUUUCAAAGUAUAUAAACUAUUACCUCAAAAUGUAUUUGUUUUCAAGAUCUUUUUAUUCAGAUUUUUAAUAAUUAUACAUUUUUAAAUGUCUAUAGGACUGAAUUUAUUUUCAGGUUUUAUACUUCCUUUUGUUUUGCAAUAUUUUAAUUUUAAUGUAGCAUGUCACCUCAUUUCCUUUUGCCUACUGUUACAGAAUUAGGCUGUUUUUAAAAGGGAAUUAUAAAUCAAAAUGUUACUUACUUUAGGGCAGGUACCAAUCACUGUGACCCAUCUACUUUGGUCUAAUUUUAUUAGUUAGGAGAGCAGAAAAAUGAAAAUCUAACCCUUCCUUGUAUCUUCAUAAUCUCAUGAAGCAAACUGGAGUAAAAACAGAAACAAUUAUUGUCAGGUGAAGAGAAGGAAACAUUUAUAUUGCCCAUUUCCUACAUCUUCAGAGGCAUUUUUGUUUGCAUGGAAGAGGACCAUGUUUGAAUGUCUGCAGUUCUCAACAUUUUGGCAUAUGGAAGCCUGAUGAAUUUUUAAAAGAGAAGAAGCCCAUUCUUUCCCCAUGAAAGCUUCUGUUUUCUUUUUUUCUCUUGAGACAAGGUCUUGCUAUGUAGUCCAGACUUUGAACUCAGUAUAUAGCCCAGGCUUACCUUGAACUCCUGGCAGUCCUUUUGCUUAAACCUUUAGAAUGCUAGGAUUACAGGCAUGUACCACUAUACCCAGCCUUCAUUCACAUACUUGUUUCUGUACUUUUAGAAAGCAAGUCAUAGAUUACCAGGUAUUAUCAAGAAAGAUGGCUGAAGCUGGGUGGUGUGGUAUAUGCUACUUGGGAGGCUGAAACAGGAGGAUCAUAAAUUUGAGGUUAUUUUGUGUCAAUUUAGUGAGAUUCUAUCUCAAUUUAUAAAAAGGGCUGGGGAUGUAGCUCAGUGGUAGAACACUUAACUUAGCAUGCACAAUGGUCUGGGUUCAAUCUCCAGCAUUACCCCUCAAAGUAAAUUUUUACAUUUGAACUGUCUGAGAUACAUAUAUUGAAAAUUGUCUUAUUUACAAACUUGUAAUUCCUCCACAUGUAAAUUUUAUCUUUUAUAAUACUUUAAAAUUUUUAUUAACAGAGCUAAAGCCCAAAUAAUAUCACUAAUUUUCAGCUCUUUUGGGGGGAAAGGGGUCUAGCUAUGUAGUUCAGACUGGUUUUUUAACUCACUAUGUAGCCCAGGCUGGCCUCACACUUGCGUGAUCCUCCUGCCUCUGCCUGCCAAGUGCUGGGAUUACAGGCAAACACUACCACAACUGGCUAAUUUUCAGCUUUAAGACAUUUAAGAAACAUUUAGUUUGAAGUUCUUACUACUCCACGGAAUAACAAGGAACCUUUAAAAAUAUGCCACUCUCCUGAAAGACACUGGUAGUCUGGUUUUUUCUAUUUAUGAUUAUAGGUUUUUUUUUUUUGAGACAAGGUCUCACUAUGUUGAUUAUUGUUUUAUUUAUCUAAAUAUCUCAUAAUUCCUAAAGUGUUGCUGGUAACCAUUGACUUUGCCAGAUUUUGUAUCAGUGAUGUUAAUUUGGUAUUGCCUCAAGGAAAAAGGCUUUCCUAACGUUGAUGAUGCCAGCGCCUGAGAAGCAGUUAUCUUGAUACAGUUAAAGAGGAGUCUUACCACGCCCUCAGUGACUAUUGGCUUCUGAUUGUACUGGGGGAAGGAACCAGUGUCAUGAGAAAUGUGGAGUGUUAUACUUCAUUCCACAUAAGAGAACUUACAGGUAAAUGAAGUGCAUUCAGUAAAUGAGAGAAUGUAGUAUUGUUUGAGUGAGUAAACAGUACAUCUAUGCCAACCAUUUUAAUAGGCUUUACAUGUGUUCAUUACAUAGUUUGUUAUUAUAGUAUGGUUGUCAGAAGGCAAACAAAGCACAAUACUAAGUCAGAUAUAAGGGAGAUCUCUUUGUUCCACAAAAUAUUUAUAAAAUGGAAUUUGAUCACUAUAUUUUGUUUUCUAAUAUGUGUCUUUAACAAUUUAUAUCAUAGAUUAAAAUUUAUAGUAAA